ACAACAUACGAAGUAACUAACGGAAAUGAAGUUUAUACUAUGACAAGCGAGAAACCAGAUAAUCCAUUUUCAAAUGUUAUUGAUGCUAUACUUGCAGUAUAUGAAUGGUCUUCAAUUUCACUAGAUACUUGGAAUUUUUGGCCACUUACUAUAAUUAGCGUAAUUGGCAGUUUUAUUUUUGUGGUUAUAUUACAAAAUAUAAUAGUUUCAUUUAUGAGUGACGCCUUUUCAAAUGCAUUAAAAGAUAGUAAACGUGGUGUAUAUCGUUUUCAAAUUGAAUUGAUACAUGACUUUGCUCAUCUUGAAAAAUCAUUAGAAUUUAAUAAUUUAGAUUCUAAGUUUAAAGAUAAAAUAAGAGCGAGGUAUAUAUGUUUUUAUGAUGAUUCAAAAAUUACAAAUUCCUGGAAAGAAACAUCAGAAAAAAUGAAAUCAAAACCAUAUCCUCAAAUUCAACUCUUAAACAAGAGUGGAUUUGAAUCUUGGCCAAUUGAAAAUUGUAAAUUUAUUUGGAGAAAUGAGGAAAAAGAUAUUAAAUAUUGGUUCCUGGAAGAUUGA